AUGAAGCCUCUCGUAACAUUAUUCUGGUUCUUCUCGUGCGACUAUGUUUAUGUCAAGGCUAGGGUGGGUGGGAAUCAACAUAUCCACUCUGCUCCGAAGAGAACACACGUGACCAUCGCGAUUAUAGACAAUGGAAUCGAAGCAAGUCAUCCUGAUUUGGAGGGCGUCGUCAUCGAGGGCUACAACAUCGUUGAUGAUAAUAGCGACACCAGUCUGGUAUCGCUAUUAGACAUAUGUGACCUACCUUCCCUUAAGGAGGCCAGAGUCUGGCCUCCUUUAGGGAAGGUAGGUCUGGCCGCCAGACUCAAUCAAGCUCCCGGAGGAGGGAAGCAUUUGGGACACGGGGUGAUGGCAGAAGAGGGUCUGUUGAUCUGGAACAGACUGGGGUUGGGCCACGAGUCAUUGGAUGGGUUCCUGAGGGACUCUCUCCGUCGUAUGCCUGAAAGCUAUAAAGGAUGCCGCCGAAAGCUCAAUGCUGAUGCUCAACGUCGCCAAAAUAAAUAUCAGGUAUCCCAAAUCAUCGACAGAGUACUUUCAAACAAACCCAAUAGUGAAGUCUCUGCCUCUCAACCAAGUAUGAGAUCGAAACUGCCAAAUGCUGGGGACCAGUGCAGCGAUGACGACUCUGACGCGAGUCCCUGA